GUGCUGCUUUGACGAGUUCAACCGUAUAUACAUCGAAGUGCUGUCGGUCAUCGCCCAGCAGCUUCUCGUCUUAUUCGGUGCCAAGGCGUCCCUCACUAGCUACUCCCAAACCAAGGACUUGGAGUUUGAGGGCUCGAUGAUAGUAAUGAAGCCCACCUUCAACGUCUUCAUCACUAUGAACCCUGGCUAUGCCGGGCGAACAGAACUUCCGGACAAUCUCGCGGCGUUGUUCCGUCCAAUGGCGAUGAUGGUUCCUGAUUAUGCACUCAUUGCCGAGAUCAUGUUGUAUGCAUAUGGCUUUGAGGCAGCAAGAGGAUACGCCGGAAAAAUGGUUGGGACGUUUAAGCUGUCCAGUGAACAGUUGUCGGCGCAAGACCAUUACGACUAUGGAAUGCGAGCAGUGAAGUCUACUAUAGAUGCUUGUGGUUUGCUAAAGAGGACACUGGGGGACCAACUGGGUGAAGACCAGAUCGUCUUGCGAGCACUGAGAGACGUGAAUGUGCCCAAGUUCCUGCAAGACGACUUACCAUUGUUCGAAAAUAUCAUUUCUGAUUUAUUCCCGACGACGGAGCGACCGAAAGUUGAUUAUGGCAAUUUGUCGGCAGCUUUACAAGAGAUUUUUGAGAAGAAUAAUAUGCAUGGGACGGAGUGGUUCGUAGUGAAGGUGGUGCAGCUUCUGGACACUUUGAAG